AAACUUCUCCAAACUUUCGACUUCUUUUAUAGUAGCAUAUAAAUAUAUAUAUAUAUACUCACAUACAUAUAUAUAUAUAUAAAUUAUAUAUUAGCUUUGUUUCCUUUCAUCACAAAUUUUAUCAGUGAUACCAAGUUGUUCUACACCUAAUUCUUCCCAAUUAAAGAAAAUUUAAUCAACAAAAACCACAAACAAAACUAAAAAUAACAAAGAGAAAGAUCUCAAGAAAUACUAAGCACAAUGGCUAAAGUAGUGGAAGAAAUGUCUCAAGAUUGCCGAAUUUUGGAUAAGAAAGAUGGCACCAUCUGCCUGGAAUACCAUCCGACCAAUGUUGGUAGACAUGAGGUUCUCAUGAACUAUGAGGGCAAUCCUUGUGAAGGAAGCCCACUUCAGUUCUUGGUUGACAGCCACAAUGGAAAAUACAUUACUGCUUAUGGAGCUGGUUUGUACGGUGGAUGCAGCGGCAAAGAAGCGUCUUUCAUGGUUGUGUCACACAAUGAGAGAGAUCUGUCUGUUUCAAUUGAUGGAGCAUCAAAACUGGAUUUAAAGAAAGAAGAUCUUAAAGAUGGAGCUUUCAGAUACAGCUACAUGCCCAUGAAUCCUGGAGCUUACGAUAUCGCCAUCAAGGUGAACGGAAAAAAUAUCAAAGGCUCUCCAUUCUCCUCAAAGAUCUCAGGUGUUGGAAGGAAGCGAUCCCAGAUCUUCUUGGGUAACAGCAGUGAAUAUUCCUUGAAAGUAAUGGAAGCUGAUAUGGUUAAUCUCCAUGGUAACAUCAAGACACCAAAGGGUUCCGUUGAAACUUGCUUCCUGAAGAAGCUUGCUGAUGGCUCACUCGGUAUCUCUUCGUUCACUCCAAAAGAACCAGGCCAAUAUGUUGUGAACGUUAUGAGUGGAGAGAAACAUAUUAAUAACAGUCCUUUCAACAUUAAAAUCGGCAACGAUGAGGUUGGACAACCAGGAAAAGUGAAGAUCAGUGGCUCCACUGAGAAAGCUAUUGCCAACAGUAAAAACAUCUUGACCAUUGAUACCAGAGAUGCCGGUUAUGGUGGUCUGUCUGUUGCAAUUGACGGUCCUCAUAGGUCUGAGAUUGUGUGCACAGAACGUAAAGAUAAUAUCUACACUAUUGACUACAGUCCUCAUGAACCUGGAAUCUACAUCAUCAACGUCAGGUAUUCCGAUGAAAACAUCGCAGGCAGCCCUUUCUUGGUCGACGUCCAGGGUGAACCUUCCGGUCGUUUGAGGGAAACGGUUGAGAAAGAGAUUGUCUUCCCAGAACUUGUAAACGUUGGAGACAAUGUGGAAUUUGUUGUUAGGUACCCAGGUACAAACCCCUUCGAUAUGGAAGCUGCUCUUACUGACCCAGAAGGUUCCUGUGAACUGUGCGAAGUUGUUGAUGAAGAUGACUACCGUUACAACGUUCGAUUCCAACCAAAAAUGAAAGGCACCCACAUUCUCAGUAUUAAGCAGAAGGGUCUUCAUUUAUCAGGUAGCCCCUUCGUCUACAGUGUUGGCAGUCAGAGCUCUGGUGGUUUCCACAAAGUACAGGCUGGAGGUCCUGGCCUUGAGAAGGGUGAAGUCAACACUGAAAAUGUCUUCAAUAUCUACACCAAAGAAGCAGGCCCAUCUACAAUGGCUGUUUCAGUUGAAGGACCUUCCAAGGCUAGAAUUACUUUUGAAGAAAGGACACAGGGUCUUUUCAUCUGCUCUUACAAAGUUACCAAACCUGGCAUCUACGGUGUCCACAUCAAAUUCGGUGACGAACACAUCCCCCAGUCUCCAUUUAAAGUUAACAUCACUCCUGACAGCGUUGAAGCUAAGAUGGUUGAAGUUCAUGCCUUCAAAGAUAGAGGACUCCAGGUGGACAAACCAUCUACUUUCAGCGUGAACUUGAACGGUGCCACUGGUGACUUAAACUGCACACUGCACACACCAUGUGGAGGUACCGAGGACUGCUUUAUGGAAGAGGUUGACAGAGGAGUAUAUGCUAUUCGUGUCAUUCCUAGAGAAAAUGGUAUCUACUAUGUGGCCAUCAGACUAAACGAAGCUCAUAUUCCUGACAGUCCUUUUGCUAUGAUGGUUGGUUCGGUUGCUGCUGAUCCAGCCAUGCUGCACGCUUCUGGUGAUGGCUUGGACUUUGGCAAAACAGGUGUCAAGAACAAGUUCCUCGUGCGCACAGCUGGUUCUGGUUCCGGUUUAUUAGCCAUUAUUGUUGAGGGUCCUUCCAAGGUUGCUCUCAGCUGCAAAGAAGUCGAUGAUGGUUAUGAAUUCAGCCACAGCACGCCCGUUGCCGGAAAAUACAUGAUGAACGUGAAAUAUGGUGGUGUACCCAUUGCCGGAAGUCCGUUCUUAUGCGAAAUUACUGAGUCUCGGCCUGGUGCUGGUCAUAAACCGUGUCCAUUCACUGAAACAAGUACUCUGGUUAUUGAAACCGUUGACAAGAAGAUCGGUCAUGUGACCACCAAGAAACUCCGUGGUGACGCAACCAAGGUCUUGGCUAAAGGCGCCGGACUGAAGAAGGCGUUCAAUAACCGUGUUGUCAAUAUUAAUUUAGACGUGAAGGAUGCCGGUCAUGGCAUGUUGAAUGUUGGAAUGGUCUCAGAGAAAGGCAAUCCUCCAGUUGAACUCGCGUACAAAGCCUCAGGUAGAAACGCUUACGCUCUACAAUACAAAGUGAACGAACCUGGAGACCACACAUUAUCCAUCAACUGGGGAGACGAGCCGAUCCCUGGAAGCCCUUUCUGCAUACACUGUUAAUUCUGUACCUUUAACGAACUCAUUUCUAAUUGAAAUUUUUUAUCUAUUUAUCUAUCUAUUUAUUUAUUUAUUUCAUUCUUAAUGUUUUAUUUUUUUAAAUACCUAAUUUUUUUUUUGUUAAUGGCCUGAACUUAAACG